AUGCCACCUAAAGCCGACUGGGAAAAGUACAAAAAGCCUGAUGUGGACUCCAAAGACGAAGACAAGAUCGUCGCGCUAGACGAGGGCGAUAUUCAGUUGCUCAAGACUUACGGUCAGGGUCCUUAUGCUGCCUCGCUCAAGGGCAUCGAAAACGAGAUCAAGGAGCUGCAGAAGCGCGUCAAUGAAAAGAUGGGUGUCAAGGAGAGUGACACUGGUCUCGCACCACCAAAUCUGUGGGACUUGCCAGCAGAUCGACAACGCAUGGGCGAGGAGGAGCCCCUUCAAGUUGCACGCUGCACCAAGAUCAUUCGAGCCGAAUCCAAAAAGGAGGGCGAAGCGUCAGAAGGAGGUGCUUCGGGAAGCGCAGGCAGUAGAUCAGGAGGCGGUCUUGGAGGUCUUGGCGGUCUAGGAGGCCUGGGAGGUUUCGGUGGCUCUUCGCACCCAACAGCCGAUGAGGAAGACAAGUACGUCAUCAACGUCAAACAGAUCGCCAAGUUCGUCGUUUCGCUCGGCGAGCGUGUGGCACCCACAGAUAUUGAAGAGGGCAUGCGCGUCGGUGUCGAUCGCAACAAGUACCAAAUCCAGAUUCCACUACCACCCAAGAUCGAUCCCUCGGUCACCAUGAUGCAAGUCGAGGAGAAGCCGGAUGUCACCUAUGGCGAUGUCGGCGGUUGCAAGGAGCAGAUUGAAAAAUUGAGGGAAGUCGUCGAGCUUCCGCUGCUUUCACCAGAGCGCUUCGUCAACCUCGGCAUCGACCCACCCAAGGGUGUGCUGCUUUACGGCCCUCCCGGUACCGGAAAAACGCUCUGUGCGCGAGCCGUCGCCAACCGAACAGACGCCACUUUUAUCCGAGUCAUUGGUUCCGAGCUCGUUCAGAAAUACGUGGGUGAGGGAGCGAGGAUGGUACGUGAGCUCUUCGAGAUGGCAAGGACCAAGAAAGCGUGUAUUAUCUUCUUUGACGAAGUCGACGCAAUUGGUGGUGCACGUUUCGACGACGGUGCCGGAGGAGACAACGAGGUGCAGCGAACCAUGCUGGAGCUCAUCAACCAACUCGAUGGUUUCGACGCGAGAGGUAACAUCAAGGUGCUCAUGGCUACCAACCGACCUGAUACGCUCGAUCCUGCGCUUCUGCGUCCCGGUCGUCUCGACCGAAGAGUCGAAUUUGGUCUGCCAGAUAACGACGGUCGUGCCAACAUCUUGCGCAUCCACGCACGUUCCAUGUCGGUUGAGAAGGACAUCCGAUACCACCUCAUCGCUCGUCUCUGCCCCAACGCCACCGGUGCUGAGCUGCGAUCGGUGGCAACAGAGGCGGGCAUGUUUGCUAUUCGUGCGCGAAGAAAAAUGGCCACCGAACGCGAUUUCCUCGAUGCGGUCGACAAGGUCAUUCGCCAGGGCAGCAAGUUUUCAUCGACAGCUUUGUAUGCUCAGUACAACUAG